AUGAACUAGAAUUUUGUCUAUUAAGAAUCCUUAAGCUAAAAAUUAUAAGGUAUUGAAACUGACCUUCUUGAUUCAAAUAAUCAUGAUCUAUAUAUUUCUUUAUCCAAUCAAUAAAAAAAUUCAAAUUAUACAUCCUAAUCAGAAUUCAAUUUCAUUCAUAAUAACAAAGAUGAAUAUAUUAACUAGUAAAAAAAUCUGAAAAAACAAAAAGCAUUUCAAAAUUUUUCCCAAUCUAAAUCAUAAUUCUAGUAUAACUAAAAGUUAUAAAUCACAUUAUUUGAUAACAAUCUUAGAGUAGAACUAGAAGAAUUAGAAAAGAAUAAAAAAUCUGUUCGUUUCAAUCUAGAAAACAAUAAAAUUAAUUUAAUUACCAAUUUCGAUUCUGAUUAUUAUAUGAGUUGUGAUGAGAGAAAAUUAUUAUAUCAACCAUUUUCCAUUCAUAAAUAAUAAAUACUAAUUGAAGAGGAAGAUUAAUAUGAAGAAGAUGAAGAUGAUAGUGAAUAAUUUAUGUUAUCUCCAAAUACAUCUAUCAAAGUUAUUGUUAUUCAUGACAAAACUCUAAAAGGAAUACUAAAAUAGAAUAUAGAGAAAGUUGACUCAUUAUAAUCUAGUAAAGAUUUUGUGAUGAAUAUCUCAUAAUAAUCGUUAAAAUUUUCUUAAGAAACUACUGUAACCAAAAAACAAAAAGAAGUAUUAGAAAAGAAAAUAUAAGAUCAUUAAUAUGGAGUAGGUUUCAAAUUUUUAUAAAAAUAUGGGUUUGAAUGUGGCUCUGGUUUAGGCUUAUAAAAAUAAGGAAUUUUAGAACCAGUUCAAACAUAAAAUUCUAAUUUUUUUUAUGAAAAUUUUGAAAAUAGAUAAAAAUGUUUAGAUCACAUACAAAAAAGCACAAAUAGGAAAAAAAGGAAAAUAUAAAUGAUUGCUUUAUCUGAUGACGAUUAAGAAUUAUGUUUAAGUAAUAAUUAAGUAAAUCUUUAUCUAAUAUUCUAGAAAAGUUGUUGA